UGAACGACGUCGCGCCCGCGUUCGACAGCGCGACGUCGGAGCCGCCGUCGUGGUCGUGGUCGUGGCACUGCACUUCGUGGAAGUCGACUUGCCGCACGUCGUCGAGCGCAAACGCGCCGCGUUCCAGCAGAUCAUCGCCGCCGCAAUCGAGUGCGUGGUGCAGGGCGAGCGCUGCGAGCACUUCCUGCUCAGCGAGCUCAAGCUGAUGCUGCUCGAGUUGCACGAGCCGGAAAACCUCGCGAAGCGGCGCAUCACGUACCUGGGCUGCGACUUUGA